UAAUUAAAUCUGGUUCAGAAAUGAAGAUACACCUUAUCAAUACAUACCAAAAGUCAACGAGAUCCGAGUUUCUUCGAAAAAAUUCUGAACGCUUCAUUGCCAGUUAUGUUUGCGGCCAGUGACCAUCCGUAGUGAGAACGAGAAUUUCUUCAUUCGAAUAAAAUAAAAAAAAAAAACCCUCGAAAUGGGGAGUUCCGUUCUCCUGGUCACGACGUUGGCCGCGUUAUUGGUUCCUCUGGUUUUUUCGUCGCCUGCGACAUUCGCGUGGAACGAUCCGUUGGAAAAUUCAGACAUAGUUUACAGGCUGCCGACAAAAAUCGUGCCGAACGAUUACGACCUGUAUUUGGUACCGGCGUUCACCGAUGAAAUUUCCAACUUCAGCGGACGAGUCACCAUAAAUAUCACCGUGCUGGAAAGAACGAACGUGAUAUUCGUCCACAGCGAUAAUCUGGAUAUCGAUCGAACGUCGACCAGGGUAGUUUCAGCCCUCAAUGAUACGGAUGUGGAGAUCGCCACCCAAAAUUACGACGCCGUCAGACAUUUUUACAUCCUCACCUUCAUGGAAAAUCUCAAAACCGAAGAUUAUCUGGUUACUUUUCACUUCCGAGGAAAUAUAAACGACGAGUUGACGGGAAUUUACAGAAGUUCUUACCGCGACGGUAACGAGACGAGAUGGUUGGUAGCUACCCAAUUCCGACCGUCGUUCGCGCGUCGUGCUUUUCCCUGUUUCGACGAACCCGGAUUCAAGGCAACUUUCAACAUCCGUAUCGCACAUUAUCCGGAUCAAGUGGUCCUCUCCAAUACACAAGAUUCAAUCGUCAGCCUUCCCAACCCAUCGAUCGGUGGCCGCGUAGUGACGCAGUUCGAACGAACACUACCGAUAUCCCCGUACCUGGUGGCCUUCCUCGUUUCCGAUUUUCAGUCCGUUCGUAUGUCGAAUACCGAGAACACGACUUUUGAAAUAUGGUCUAGACCCGGAACGACCGAUACCGCUGCCUUCGCUCUCACUACAUCCGUAAGGAUCCAUCAGAUUUUGUCAAAUCUCGUCGGAACCUCGGAUCCUUUGAGUCAAAUAAAGCAGGUCGCAGUCCCAGAUUUUUCUCCCGGAGGGACGGAAAAUUGGGGACUGAUUAAAUACAGGGAAAGACUGUUGCUCUGGAAAGAAGGAGAAUCCAGUUCCAGAGACCGCGAACUGGUCACGAUUUUCUUAGCCCGUGAACUGGCUCACAACUUUUUCGGAAACCUCGUCACUCCGAGAUGGUGGGAUCACCUCUGGUUCAGCGAAGGUUUUUCCACGUUUUAUCAGAACCUUGUUCCAUCUCUGACCUUCCCUCUUUGGAGAUUCGCCGAAAGAAUAAUAAUCGACGAACAACUACCGGCGUUGAUCGAAGACUCCUUCGAAUCGACCCGUCCGAUGACAAACGCGGUGGGAAAUCCGGAAUCGGUAUCGGCGAGUUUCGACAACAUAGCUUCCGGCAAGAGUGCCGCGGUUAUUCGUAUGCUGAACCGACUGAUGAGAGAAGAUCGUUUCACGACCGCUUUGGGCAAUUUUUUUUCCGAAGCUUCCUACGGAACCUUCGAUCCCGAACGCUUGUGGUACCACAUGCAAAAGAUCGCCGAUCGUUACAGUCAAUGGCACACGCACAUCUCGGUUGCCGCGGUGAUGAACACAUGGGUGAACCAAGCCGGUUAUCCCCUGGUAACAGCGACGAGAAAUUACACCGGUACCACCGCCGUAUUUCGUCAGGAGCGAUUUUUCAUGAAUCGACGCUCUCCAACGGCGGACAAAGAAACGUCGAGAUGGUGGAUACCGAUAACGUUCGCCGUAGGAGACUUGCCGAAGCGAUGCAACGGCGCGUUCAUUAGGCCCGAUUGGCUGCGGGCCCAAGACAAAGAGGUGAUAGUGGCGGGUGUGGCGAACACCUCCUGGCUAAUGGCAAAUUGUCAAGGUAUCGGUUUCUACCGAACGAAUUACGACGAACGAAACUGGGAGAUGCUGACGGAAUUUCUGAAGUCUCCGGAUUUCACGAUCGUGAACCCUAUGAACAGGGCCAUCCUGGUGGACGAUUCCCUCAAUCUGGCCAGGGCCGGAUACAUCGAUUAUCCGAUCGCCCUGAACUUGACGGAUUACCUCAGACAAGAAUCGGACUUCGUCGUAUGGCGAGCGGCCAUCAGGCCCCUGAGGUACCUGAACACGAUGCUAUCAAAUUUCGAAAAUUUGGACUCCUGGCUGUUUUGGCAGCGAGAGUUGCUCGGAAACGUUUCACAGCUGACGGGGUGGGUGGCGGACCCCGACGACGACCACGUAACGCGAAUCCAUCGCUCUCAAAUUUUCGACUUCGCUUGCCUGAUCGACAAACCGGGUGCGCGCGAUGCUGCUCACCGACUUUUUACCAAAUGGAUCGAAGACCCGCGACUAUACGCCGUCGAUCCAGAUUUGAAAGCGGUCGUUUACUGCUGGGGUGUACGUAACGCGACCGAAGAAACCUGGGAUGUGAUGUGGAACCGUUUUUUGGCCGCCGACCUCGCGACCGAAGUAGACGUGCUUUUGAGGGGCUUGGCUUGCAGUUCGGAUCCCAAUAUUCUCAAAAAAUAUUUGGAGCUUUCGGUGACCCCGAAUUCCGGGAUCCGGAGACAGGAUGCUCUCACCGUUUUUACGUCGGUUCUCAACAGUGGACAGGACAACGUGGACACUCUGUUGGAAUUUGUCGUUGAUAACCCCAAGAAUAUUACCGAAUCCUACUCCGGAACGAACGUCGUCGGUUCUAUACUGACCGGCGUAGCGAGUCACGUUACCAAAAAAGAUCAGUUCGACAAGUUCCAAAAAUUUGUUACGACAAAUGAGCUGGCCGCCGGUAACGACGUUGUACGGAACGCGAUAAAAACUGCCGAUGAAAAUAUUCGGUGGAUCGAGAUAACGGCACCGGUUAUCGAAAACUGGUUGAUCGAAAUGGGAAUGAUUUUAGAAGCUCCAACUUCGACUCCGUUAACGACUCCAGAAGCGACCAAUACGACUCAAGAAACGCCAGCUACGACUCAAGAAACGCCAGCUACGACUCAAGAGACACCAGCUCCAGGAUCUGCCGCGGGACUUUCCACGAAUUUAUUCCUCAUCCCGAUCUCCAUUUUUACCAUAAUGAGCGUCUGUGCGAUCCAGUAACCCCCUCUUAUCGUACGGCAAAUAAUUUACUGUUUUUAAAAAAUUAAAUGAAAACUACUUUCAAUUAUUCACAAUUAUAUUCACUCGCACGUGUAUUGCAAUAAAUAAAGGUAUUCGAUGA